AUGGUUGAAAAAACUUUUUUAAGAUUUUUUUGCCCUCCGCCUUGUAUUUAUCUCUAUGGUGAUGGUUGGAAACGAAAAAAACGUAUAACUGAAGAUUUAUACCGACGUUUUAAAGAAUGUCAAAAGCAAAAUGGUAUACAGGAAAGCGAUCCUGAUACGGAACAUGUUAAUGAAAUUCGUUCAGCCGAACUCUGCGCAUUCAUUGGUAUUGGAGCACCAUCUGAGCAAGAAAAACAAGCCUUAGAUUUUUCUAGCAAUAAGGAUUAUUGUGCAGCGAAGACUUUAUACAUAUCAGAUGCCGACAAACGAAAAUAUUUUGAAUUAUCAGUCCAAUUUUUUUAUGGAUCUGGGCAGGAAAUUGGUAUAUUUUCUUCACAAAGAAUUAAAGUUAUCAGUAAACCAAGCAAAAAAAAACAAAGUAUGAAGAAUAUCGAUUCAAAAUACCUCUGCAUUGCUUCAGGAACAAAGGUAGCAUUGUUCAAUAGAUUACGCUCACAGACUGUAAGUACACGAUAUCUUCAUGUGGAAAAUGGUGGAUUUCACGCAAGCUCCACUAAAUGGGGAGCUUUUACCAUACAUUUAAGCAUUCUUUUUAUAAUUUUGAUUUAUUUUUUUUUGUUAAAUAAAAUUUUUUCAGUUGAUGAUGAUCCCCAUGUCGUCGAUGCGGAGAAUUUUAAUGUAAGAGAUGGUUUCAUUCACUACGGAGCUCUUGUAAAAUUGGUCGAUAGUGUUUCUGGAAUUGCUCUUCCUCGUCUUAGGAUUCGUAAGGUCGAUAAACAACAUGUUAUAUUGGAUGCUAAUUCAUGUGAGGAGCCGGUGAGUCAACUGCAUAAGUGCGCCUUCCAAAUGCUUGAUUCUGAUCUCGUCUAUCUUUGCUUAUCUCAUGAUAAAAUUAUCCAACAUCAGGCAACUCUUGUUGAUGCGAAUAGGCAUCAGAUCAGCGAUGGAGCUUCAUGGACGAUUAUUUCUACCGACAAGGCUGAGUAUUGCUUUUAUGAAGCCAUGGGGCCAGUCCGUCAACCUAUCACACCAGUGCCGAUAGUAAGUGGUCUUGAACUAUAUGGUGAAGGUGAUCUUGCUCGAGUUGAUAUUACUGGUUCAAACUUUAGAGCAAAUCUGAAAAUUUGGUUUGGUACGACACCUGUUGAUACAGUUUACAGGUCCGAAGAAAUGAUUGGAUGUUUGGUGCCGUCACUUUCUACCGUUUUCCCAAAUUGGAACACAUAUGGCAAUGAACCAUUGUCAGUACCUCUUUCAUUAGUGCGUGAUGAUGGAGUAAUCUAUGCGACAAAUAUGACAUUCACUUAUAAAGCAGAAACAAAUCGACUAAGAAAUCGGCGUUUUGCAAAUCCUUUGAGAUCAGAAUAA